GGGCAAUUAAAAACAAAUCGGUUCCCGCCAAAUAAACACGUGCAGUUACAACAGGGUAUUUAAUACUUAUAGUUUCUGACAAUUUCAGCCAAACGGAUUUUGGACACAGGACAAGUCACAGAACAUUAUGCAUUCUUUUGCUGUAGUAAUCUUUUGCCUGUUUGCGGUGUACUGUUAUGCUGUUCCACCCGGAUACUUGUUAGAAGUAACCCACAGCUGCGGACAGCUUGGAGCAGACGGUUCAUCAGAUGGUGCAGGAGCUAACGUUACUGUUAAGUCUGAUCUGCAUGCAUUCGCAAAACUGACAUGCAAUAAUAAUGGCGUUCCAUUCACAGUAAAGAUGGCUGAGAUUAAUGACUCGAAUACUGCAGUAACAACAAACCUGUACUAUGACGAUGAUUCCACUGCAACCCCUGGUACAGAUUGCUUCUUUUUCCAUCCCGCUCAAGAAUCUGAACUUUAUGUCGUUGAGAUAGAAGUAUUCUGGGGAUUCGGGAACGCCACAUUGAUGGAAGAUUAUGAAACCUACACUAUAACAUGUACUACCAAUGGAGAUGCUUUAGGGACUCUAGGAAACAAAAAGAUUGAUGACAAUCGAAUUGUGAUAACGGAUGGCUUAGUACAUACACUUGGUGCUGAGUAUGUUGGUAGUUCGACCUUGACACUAAAGAAUGUUUUGGGAGAAGACAUAAAUGCUACUAAAGUAUCUAUGGGAAAGAAAAUUUACUUGGAUUUGUCAAUUACUGGUGGUAGUGAACAGGGAUUAACACCUUACGACUGUUAUGCAAGAAACAGCGAUAGUUCAAAAUCAUACAAGAUAUUAAAUGCAGGGUGUGGUGAUGGCAUUGUAUUUAAGAAAUCAGCAGGUUUUACAGUUUCUGGAACAACAGCUAAAAGUCCAUAUUUCAAAGUGUUCAAGCUUAUUGAAACUGACUCCGCCAACACUGCUGUAAAAUACAGCUGUUCAUUUACCACAUGUAAUAAUACCUGUGAUGGGUCCAGUUGCAGUCUUAGUUUUAGAAGUAAAAGAUCGAUAGACCAAGAUGAACCCAUGAUGAUGGCGGAUUCAGAAAAAUACCGCAUUGAGCUACCAACUAAAAGUGAUCAGAGUCAACGUGGGAAAGAGAGAAAAGAUGACGACACUAAGGAGCACGAUCUCUCAUCGGUGGCCUUAUUCUGUGUGGCAUUACUGGCAAUAUUAUCACUCAUUUUCUCUUUAUAUUCAUGUAUACAAGAACGAUCUCUAUCACAACGGGAAUGUGUUCCAGAAUGCCCACAAAGUGAGAUGUGUCCUUGUCCAGAAUAUCCUAGACGGGUUUAGGACAUUGUUAAAUCAGUGAUUAAAUGGUUCUAGUAUAUA